CCCGUGCUCAUGGGAUCUACGUAUGGCCUGGCAGCUAUCAUUCUCAUCAUAUUGAUAUACUGGAUCACAACUCAAGUCAGACAGCAUCUCUCUUCAAAGAGACAAGACCCUGCCUCACAGAUUUCCCACACUACGUUGGACAUGACGCGGCCCGUCCAGGGAAGCAACGCUGACGUAAGACCGGCAGCUUCAGCUCGUAUACUAGCUGGCAGCCAAGAGGUUGCGGUUGGUCGGGUGACGAUCAGAACGGAUUCUGUCUUGUACGAGACCAUCCCUGACGUAACAAUCGCUGGACCAUCUAAAAGAACAGAAGGCGAGCAGAAUACGGAGGAGGGUGCCGUUGGAUACAUCAAUCACAAUCCACAACCGAAUUGGAAUAAAAUGGCCACAGCUGAUGGCGCUUGGAAUCCUUGAAGAUAUCCACAAUCGCAAG